CAAAUUUGCAGGAAUUUUGAAUUGCUUAUUAUGCUGUCACUCGUUAUCAUCAAAUGUUUAAUUGCAUUGACAGUAAUUAUAAUAUUAUCAAUUACUGAAACGAAUGCACAAGUAACUGUACUAACCCUUCGAUCGUUCGUUACCAAUUUCGCAGGCCCUAAUUCGUUGAACGGUAAUGCUAACGGAAUACAGACAUUCACUUUUAAUGUGACCCGUCGAACAGGAGAUCGAUCUGAUUCACCUCCACCGACUACUACUGUUAACCCUUUGUCACUGCUUUUUCAACUUUAUCUCAGGGGUUUAACUCAAGCGUCAGCGUCUGGUACAGGCUUCCCAUCUUUUCCUCAAUAUGGUUAUCCUUAUUAUCCAUACUACGGUGGAUACAGAGGAUAUGGUUACAGCC